UGCCAUGAUUAUGGGAUGAUAGAUGACUUAAUAAUCUUCACAAAUGAUGCUAUCGUGAACAAUGUGCUGUUGACUGUUGGACAGAAAGUUAUUGCUACUGUUGAAGAGGACAAAAUAUCAAGUGGCUUGAAGGCCAUUAGGGUAGAAGCAGUCCAGAACACAUGGGGAGACUCCAGUCCUACUUAUGAUGCUUCUGAAAUGAAUACAAAGCUACUCAUUGGUAAUAUUACGUUUAUCUCUAAGGAUGGUGGCUGUAUUAAUCAGAAAACUUUUUUUGCAAUGGAAGAAGUUUGUGAAGGUUUCGAACCUUAUAAAGGUGACUGGGUGCAAGCUAAAUAUUUUAUUAACCCAACAACAUGGAGCAGUGAAGCAGUUGCUGUAAAACCUUUGAGAUAUAAGCGAGUGGACAAGGUUCUCAUUUCCAGCAUCUGUGGAAGAAGUGGUACAAUAGAUGAGAGUAUAUUUUUCACUUUGGAUUCAGUGAGACUUCCUGAUGGUUAUUCGCCUUGUGUACAUGAUCUAGUGAAUGCGAUUGUGGUGGAAAGUAAUCAGUCAUGUUAUAUUUGGAGAGCUCUCUGUUUGGUUCCAGUCGACCAGAAUGGACUAUCUCACUCUAAUGGAGUGAAUCCAGAUGAGCCUUACGAAAACUUAAUGAGAGAUAAAGGAGGGUUGGAGGUAUCAAGAAUGACUAAUUUUGGAACUCUGAAGCAGGGGGAAUCUAAAAGCAUGAUCAUUUGGAUAGAGAAUAAAGGGAACGUACCACAGUCCUUAGUCAGCUGCAGAUUAGCUGGAUGGGUAAAAGACAAGCAAUUCCGUUUUCAAAUUCCUGAAAAACACCAGAACAAUUCAGCAGCAUAUCUGUCAUCUCUUCCAAUAAAUCAAGAAAACGUCUCAAAAGCUGCAAUUAAUUCAUAUAGUGACAGCAGAGGAACAGCAUAUGAGUCAAUGAAUAUUUCAUCUAUUAUGAAGAAUGGAGUCAUUCCAGAAGGAAUUAAGUCUCAGGAUCUGAAUUUAUCAAGGAAAAAUAAAAGCUUUUCCCUGGUAGAAAAUGAAAAUCUACAUAAUGGAGUAAAUGAGCAAAGAGAAGAUGUGGAAGAACAAUCGAUAAAUGAGGCUGAUAUUACUGGAGAAACUGUCAUACCACCAGGUGGAAAAACAUUCAUGGCGAUUGUAUGCACUGCCUUAAAUCCCGGAUACAAUAAAGAACUCCUAUUGCUUGAUUUUUCUGAUUUUGUUAUUGGACGCUACAUUGAAACCACUGUAAGAAAUGAAGAAGAAUCAAUAAUAGCACCUGUGGAACCAUUUUCUCCAAGAAAGCCUAAAAUUAUUUCAGUACCUCAGCAAAGGAGGACAACAGUGGUUGCAACUAAAUACAGAAGAAAUUGCAGAAGGCAGUUGCCAAGCUUUCUCCCAUAUUAUACCAUACCAGAUGGAUUAAGAAAAUGUGUGGAGCAGAAGUUAGACAUACUGACUUUUCAACCUCUCCUUGCAGAGCAUCUUAAUCUAGAUAAUUAUAAAGCAAACUUUUCUACUCUCUUGUGGCUUGAAGAAAUCCAUACAGAAAUGGAGAUAAAAGAUUAUAACAUGAGUGGGAUUACUUUGAAAAGGAAUGGGAACUCUUUGGUGUUGGAAGUGCCAGGAGUGGAAGAAGGCAGACCUUCCUUGAGUAUAGGUGAUAAGGUGAUACUGAAAAGUCAGAUCUACUCUGAGCAUGUAAUAGAGUAUGUAGCCUACAUUACUGAGAUUCAUAAUGAAGCUGUUACUCUUAAAUUUCAUCCAGACUUUGAACAGGCUUACAACUCAGAACCCAUGGAUGUGGAAUUUGUUCACUCCAGGAUUACCAGCAGGCGAUGCCAGUUGGCAGUUGAGCACGCUAUCCAUCUGGGUGAAAAAGUGUUGUUUCCAGAAAGGCUCCUUUUACAAUCACCACAAGCAAAAUAUUCUAUUCUUGAUGAUGGCCUUGAACAAAGUUCCAAGCAGGAAAUCAGUGAAACUGUGACACUUAAACAGACAGCUGGCAACUUUUUCAAUCCUAUGUUGAAUGAGCACCAGAAACUGGCAGUGAAAAGGAUACUGAGUGGUGAAUGUCGUCCAACUCCUUAUGUCCUCUUUGGACCACCAGGAACAGGAAAAACAUUAACAAUAAUUGAAGCUAUUUUACAGAUACAUUAUACUUUACCGGAUAGUCGAAUUUUGGUCUGUGCACCAUCAAAUACUGCAACAGAUCUGAUUUGCUUGCGGCUGCAUGAAAGCAAUCUGUUAAAACCAGGAACCAUGGUCCGAGUUAAUGCUAGCUGCAGGUCUGUAGAGCAGAUUGAUGACAUAGUGAAGCCUUACUGCAAAGAUGGUGAUGAUAUUUGGAAAGCGUUAUGGUUCAGGAUAAUAAUUACCACAUGCAGCAGUGCAGGACUGUUUUAUCAAACAGGAAUACGGCUUGGACACUUCACACAUGUGAUUUUGGAUGAGGCAGGGCAAGCAAGUGAACCAGAGAGCCUGAUUCCUCUUGGGUUGAUUUCAGAAGCUAACGGACAGAUAGUUCUUGUCGGAGAUCCGAAGCAGUUAGGGCCAGUAAUAAAAUCUAAAGUUGCAGUGGCUUUUGGAUUGAAUAUAUCCUUGCUGGAAAGACUGAUGUCGCGAUCUAUGUAUCUGAGAGAUGAGGAUGCUUUUAGUACCUGUGGAUCAUAUAAUCAUUUGUUGAUCACAAAACUUGUGAAGAAUUACAGAUCACACUCUGCAUUGCUUACUGUACCAUCUAAAUUGUUUUAUCAUAAAGAGCUAGAAGUUUCUGCAGACACUUCAGUAGUAACUUCUUUGUUGCGUUGGGAAAAAUUGCCCAGGAAGGGGUUUCCGUUAAUUUUUCAUGGAAUACGGGGCAAUGAAACACGUGAAGGUCACAGUCCCUCAUGGUUUAAUCCAACUGAAGCAGUUCAAGUAAUGCGGUACUGUUGCCACCUUGUUAAAAAUGAAAACAGUGCAGUGCCAGUGACUGAUAUUGGAGUGAUUACACCAUAUCGUAAGCAGGUGGAAAAAAUAAGAUUUCUUCUGAGAAGUAUUGAUUUGGAAGAUAUUAAAGUUGGCUCAGUAGAAGAGUUCCAAGGGCAAGAGUACUUGGUUAUCAUCUUAUCAACGGUACGAUCUAAUGAAGGCUCAUUUGGUGAUGAGAAGCACUGUUUGGGCUUUCUCUCUAACCCAAAGCGAUUUAAUGUAGCAGUUACCAGAGCAAAAGCUUUGCUGAUUGUGGUGGGAAAUCCUCAUGUUCUUGUAAAAGAUCCCUGUUUUUGUGCACUGUUAGAGUAUAGUUUAAAGAAUAGAGUUUAUAUAGGUUGUGACCUGCCUUCUGAGCUGGAAUGCCUGCAUCAGUAA